AUGAAGCAUUGGCUGGAAUUAUAUAUUAUUGUAGCCGUUUGUACGGCAUUUGGUUGGUGCCAGAGUUGUUCUUUACCGUCCUCCCUCAGCAGUUAUAUGCAAUGCAUCAAAGAUACUGUUUCCAGUAGUUAUGGUACGUUGGAAAAAGAAAUCAGAGAACAUAAUCGUCUUGCAAUCAAAUCAUGUUUUGCUCAAACUAUUGCUGAAGGGAAUCGCGACAAUCGCUGCGUUUUAGCGCUAUCUGACUUGGACAACAAGGCUUGGGAUCGUAACGGUCCGUUGCGUGAUUGCUCCAUUUGUCGAACGUUCGCUAAUGGAGCAAUUAAAGCAAUGUUAUCGACCUCUGCCGAAGAGCAGAAAUGUAUACGUUCUGAGGUUUCUAGAGCUGUAACGAUGGAAGUAGAGUACUGUUUACGGGGGAAGAUUAACAAUUUUGGUGGCAUUCCUGAGUUUCCAGAUUUAGAAGAAGGUUCAUAUGCAUUUAAGGAUGAAAUAAUUAACUCGAUCUCAGAUCAUAUUCUAAUCUAUAGCCGUCUAGCAUUCUGUAAUGAACGUAAACCGGAACGUGCAGAAACUACAAGACGAUGCUUGAAGAAUCCGUUUGAUGGAUAUCUUGCAAAACAUUGCAACAUUCUAAAGGACUGCAGAAGUCAAGUCUCAGAAGCUUGUCAAGCACAAACUAUGCAACUAAUGAAAGCAACUUGUGAAUGUAUUGAGAAUACUCGAUCAGAACUCAAAAAGCGUCUUGCUUCUAUUGCACAGGCUAUCAGAAAUGUCAUUGAUAGCAACGAUCGUGGUGCAGCAUCGAUCGGAGGUGGUAGCAAGGUGGAUCAAUGUGUAUCAAGCAUCAAAGCAUUAGUGAGGACACCAGUGAAUGAUUGGAUUGAGGUUAUCGACAAAGCGCUGGAAAAAUGCUUGAAGAAAAAACCAGCGGGGCAAAAUCUGGGUCUCGAUUCGCUUAUCAAUGUCGGCUGCCGAAAGGUUAUUGCGGACACUACGGGAACAGCGCACAUACAGUUGAAAAUAGGAUUCGACUUUAUUAACAAUUUAAUGGAUGCAAUGGUAGACCGAUCGGGCCGUUUCUGUGGUGGCGUGCAUUGUGGAUAA